AUGACAUUACUGCAGAGCCAGUGCACCAACAUACAUCAACAUCUCCAGCAGAAACUGCUGAGGGGGAUUGAAAAGUUGGAUAUCCAGCUAAACCGCGACCUUAAGGCUCUGGAUGGCUUCCUCAUUGUGCUGUCUGAAGAUGGAGACAUCAUUUAUCUCUCUGAAAAUGUCAACAAAUGCCUCGGGCUGUCACAGGUAGUUAAAUUUAACCUGCUGUUUAUCAGCAUGGAAGGUGAGUCAGAAAUGCAUCAGCCAACCACUGCCGGCAUCUCUCCCCAGGUUCUCCACUGCUCAGGUCAUGUUCGUGUGUAUGACACCAAAACUGAAGAGACCUCUAACGGACUCAAGGAGCCACCUGUCCCCUACCUGGUUUUGAUCUGUGACCCCGUCCCCCACCCCUCCAACAUCGAGGUCCCCCUGGACACCAAGACCUUUCUCAGCCGCCACACGAUGGAUAUGAAGUUCACGUAUUGUGAUGAGAGGAUCACUGAGCUCAUGGGUUAUGAUCCAGAGGACCUUUUGAAUCGUUCUGUGUACGAGUACUAUCACGCUAUGGACUCUGACCAUCUCACCAAGUCUCACCAUAACUGUGAGUAUGAAUCUUACAAGUUUUUUUUAACAAAUUCCAUUGUGGAGGUGGAAGAGCAGGUGGAAGUGGAGGAGGCAGCAGAGAAAGGCCCAGACCUGGAUGUGAUCAAACUCUUCACCCAGGCGUCCAAGGCUCGGCCACUGGCGAGCCUGUACGACCAGCUGAAGGAAAAGCCUGAGGCCCUCACCCUGCUGGCCCCGGCUGCUGGAGACACAAUCAUCUCUCUGGACUUUAGCUGCCCUGAUUCAGAGAUGCAGCUGCUUAAGGACGCCCCUCUCUACAACGACGUCAUGCUUCCCUCCUCAAGUGAGAAGCUGGCUCUGCCUCUCUCCCCCCUGCCACCCAGCGAGCCUCUCAACACCAGAGGAGGAUUCAAAAGUGAGGAAUCUAAAGCGGAGAGCUAUCCUCCAGCUCCGUCCACUACAAUAACCUGCCACAGCUCCUCAGAGGCUGACAGUCCUAUGGACUUCUGUUUCCCUAUGGACUCAGAUAUGAGCUCAGACUUCAAACUAGACUUGGUGGAGAAGCUUUUUGCCAUUGACACAGAGCCCAAGACUCCCUUCAACACACAGGCGAUGGAAGACUUGGAUCUGGAGAUGUUAGCGCCCUACAUCCCCAUGGACGAUGACUACCAGCUGCGCAGUCUGACCCUAGAUGAGCCUCUGACAAGUGGACAGGUCAAAUCCCUCAAGAGUUCUCCAGUCCAAGUCACACAGCAAGUCGACAGCUACCCCAGCUCCCCAUUCAGUGGAGUAGGAAGUAGCACAAGUUCCCCGGCACCACUUGAGCCUGUAAUUGUUGCUCAUCUCGCCACCAUCAUCGCUAAGAGGUAAAGUCUCUGAA